AAGGCUUCAAAAUUGAUUCAUUAUAUGAGAUUGGAAAAUAUUGUGCUGGAUGAGAAUGUCGAGUGGGAGAGACAGGUGGAAUUAUUUCUGUAUCGCCUCAACUUGUAUGACUUCAAAUUGACUAUAUUGAAUUUUUUCGAUGUAGGAAAUUCCAUGUCGUUGGCCUUUAUAUCCGGCAUUUUCACAGCAUUCAGCAUUUUCACGCCAUUCGCCAUAAAGGACUAUCGCAUACAAAAGUUUUUGGAAAAUCGAAAUUACGCUGUAGCCAAUUGAUAUAGAAAACCAGAUGCCAUAGAAAACCAAAAAACCAUGAAGGAGACCAGGUGACAGCGGCAUAAUGACAAUUCUCUACAAAAACAGUCGAGCAAAGGAUUGUUGC